AUGAGCACCCAGACCACCGUCAACGCCCCUGCGCCCCCGAGCAACGAGCUCGUCAUCCGCAAGCUCGACAGCAACACGACCAUCUUCUCGCUCCCCUUUGCCCGUGGCGGCGUCGUCCCCUUUGGUGGUCGCAGCACGGCCAUCAAGCUCCAGGACGGCUCGGUCUGGCUCGGCGCAUCGCACCCGCUCGACCCGGCCACCCUCGACGCCAUCAACGACCUCGGCCCGGUCAAGCACAUUGUCCAGUUCGACGCCGAGCACGGCAUGUACACCAAGCAGUACCACGACGCGUUCCCCUCGGCCAAGCUCUACCUGCCCGUCGGCGGCGUCGACAAGUGGAAGAAGAAGCAGCCCCUGCCCGAGGGCACCAUCACGUUCGAGCACGGCGCGCACGAGACCGACCCGUUCGAGGCGACGACCGGCGGCGAGAUCAAGAGCUCGAGCUUCGUCAAGGCCCACAUCAACCAGGACAUCGCUUUCCUCCACGUCCCGACCAAGACGCUCAUCGAGGCCGACCUCCUCAUGAACCUCCCGCCGACCGAGCAGUACUCGCGCUCGUCGGCGCGCUCGACGAUCCCGUUCCUCAGCGGCAUGAUGAAGCCCGGCUCGACCGCCCAGAAGCGCUUUGUGCACUACCUCGCCGCCAAGGACAAGAAGGAGAUGGCCGACGCGGCGAAGAAGGUCGCGACUUGGGACUUUGACCGCAUCAUUCCGUGCCACGGCGACGUCAUCGAGACCGGCGGCCACAAGGCAUGGACCGACACCUACGCCUGGUUCCUCGAGAACAACUGA